CUCACUGGCCUCCUUUCAUCAAAGCAGCCACGGAUCAUAUUCGCGAAAAGUAUGGAAGCGAAUCGUGGGAACAGGAUGAAGUGGCGCAGGGAGUAAUUUCUUUUCUAUACGCGAUAGUCUCUCAUGGGGUAGCAGAUGUUUCAUUUCAUAGCUUAGGAGGAAUUCAUGAUGGAUUUAUAGCUACAAUGGCUGAGGUUAAUUUUAAGCAAGAUAUUGAAGCGGCACAUUCUGCGGCUGAUAUGGGUGGUGAAUUCACUCUUUCACAUAUGGUUGAUUUGGAUUAUCUAGAGGAUGAAUGGCAGGUGCCUAUCGAUGAUAUAAUAGAAAUAUAUGAAAGAAUUAACAAAACGGUUUCGAAAAAGCAUAUAAACUAUUGUAUUAAACAAGCCUUUACUGCCAUGCAGGCUAAUAAAAGGUUUGGAAAACUUUUUUUUCCAACCUAUGGUGAAAAGUCACCUUUUCUGAUUGAAAAAUUGGAAGAAUACUAUCGUGGAGGUAUAAAUAACAUGGCCGCAGAUGUACACGAUUGUUGGCAUAGUUUAUCUAAUUGGCUUGAAAAAGGUCCAAAAAGUGAUUUCUUAUCAUUAUGUGACCCUUUUAAAGAAUCUUAUCAAAAUUCAUCCAUCAAUAAUCUUGGUUUACGAAAUACAUCCGAUUUUAAUGAAUUCUUUCGUACAUAUUCAUACGAAUUAUUGUCUGCAAGCGGUUUUACUUUGAAUCAUUAUAAAGAUAAACAUGGUAUAACUCAUUAUAAAAUACAUCAGAAAUCAAAAGAUUCUUGGACAUUUUCGUCAUUUUUCGAGGAGAAAUUAAAAGAUAGUGUUAAAUUUCAUCAAAUAUUUAAAGAUGUUAUUUCUUCUCCGAAUGGCUCUCCACAAUUACAGAUUCAAAUUUCAUCAUCACGGCGAGUAAAUCGUCAUCAAUUAACAUCGGAUUAUUCAAUAAUGAAUAAUAGGAUCGAUGAUUCUAGUUGGAUUUCAAGGUGUCAAUUUGUGCCCACAGACCCAAAGUUAUUUGUAAAUCUAGACUUACCAUAUUCUUAUUCAUUGUUUGGUCACGAUAUGGUGACUGGAGAUUUCAAUGGCGAUGGAAUUGAAGAUUUAGCAAUCAGUGCACCCUUGUAUGAUGAACAUACAAAUGUUCCCCAUACGGGCGCUGUAUUUAUUUUAUAUGGCAAAUCAACAUUACGACCACCACUUGAAUCAACAAACAUUCUCGAACUCUCUGAUCAAAUUUUGUAUGCAAUUGAUCCUGUUCCUCAGUCCCGAUUUGGUUGGUCCCUAGCUGUGGUAGAUUUAAAUUCGGAUGGAAUAGAUGAUUUAGCAAUAAGUGCUCCAUCAUAUGGUAAUAACCGGUUUAUAUCUGGAACUGGGAAAGUUUAUGUGUAUUUUGGACAUGCUGAACCUACUGGGAUAUCAAAAUUAUUUAAAACACUUGAAAAUGGAUUAUCUCGUCAACCGGAUUUGGAGAUUUCAAUAGAUGCUAAACCGGCUAAAAAUGAUUGGAAAAUUGAAGAAAUGGGUCAAGUCUUGGCUUCAGGUGAUAUCGAUAAUGAUGGAUUUAAGGAUUUAUUGAUUGGAUGUCCCUAUUGUGGGCUUCAUAGUCCACCAAAGGCAGCAGCUAUCGCGGUUCAUCAUAGGAGACAAACAAAUAACGGUGUAAAAUCUGAUACUCCAAUAAUAAUUGUUGGUGCACCAGGAUACAAUAAUCAAUUAAAAACACAGUGGGCUGGUCGUGUUUAUGGAUUUGAAAUUAGUGAUGAUGAUAAAAUGACUCCUUUGAAAAUAUUUGAUCUGAGUGGGACUGAAGAAUUUCAAGGAAUCGGAAGUUCAAUAAUUUCUGGUGAUUUUCUUGACGAUGCUGGCGAUUUUUUGGUCAUCACUUCUCAAUCAGAAACAAACAUCCAGAGAUUCCCACUAUACAAUAAAUUCUGGCAAGCCGGUGCUGUUCGUGUGGUAAAUAUGAAUUAUCUAAAGGAAGGAACCCUAUUAUCUGAUGAUUAUAUGAGUGUUGGAAAUGGGUUAUUGUCGAUAUUGCGAGGAACUGAGUCAGCAUCUCAUUUUGGAAGUGCGGUAUAUUGGGAUGACGCUAAAAAUUCUCUUUGGAUUUCAGAACCACUUACUUCUUGGGAGGCGGGCCAUAUUUAUAGCUAUCCAUUAAAAUCUCUAUUAUCCUCUCGAGAUACUUCAAAUGCUGAAACUUUUAAAUUAGCUGAAUCAUGUAUGAAAAGUAAAGAAUCAAGAGCAAGAUUUGGAAGUAAGAUCAUAAAAUUUGAUUUUAAUGGUGACGGAAAAAGAGAUUUAGUUAUUGCUUCGGAACAUAGCAGCCAAAGCAUUAGGUUGGGAGGAAGUGUUGCCAUUUUACUGUAA